UAUAGAGCGUGUUCAACCUGUAAAUACUGAUGUCAUUUAGUGAGAAAUAAGCAAGUUUAAAAGUAUUUGGGUUACAAUUUCCUGGCUCUAUUAGAGUUACACCACUAUUAUUCCAGGUUUUUUCGACACUAGUUUGACAUCAUUUUUCCAGUUUUUUGGCGUUUUUUGGCAUUUAUGUGCAAAUUAUCUUAAUYAAGAUCACUCAAGUAAAAUAUUACUGACUUGUGUCGAGCGUGCGUUUUCGUUGCCAUCAUGUUAUUCAGCAUGUUAAAACACCUGCCUGAGAGGACAUCACAAUUAGUAAAGCCAAAAGCACUCAGAUGUCAAGACGUAACUUGCUGGAUAUUCAAGCUGAUGARGAAUGAUGUKGAAAAUCGUCGGUGUGAUGGUAGUUUUUCAGUUUACAGUUGUAGUCAAAGCAAACGAUGAAGAUUGUAACGAGCCCCUUGUCCUUCCUGGUAAUGUAACCUUGACGUCAACGACAUCAAGAAAUCCCUCUGCAAGCUUUGGACCUCAACAAGCCUUACUCCACAAUACGCAUGCUUGGUGUGCUAGUUUAUCUAAUGCUGACCAGUACCUUGUGAUAGACAUGGGGCUCGUCAAGAUGAUCAAGUCAAUAGCAAUACAAGGGAAUCCAAACAAUGACGAGUUUGUCAAGACAUUCAGUGUUUCGUAUGCAGUUCUUGAGGGUCAGUGGUUAACAUAUACGGAAAUAGGAGCUAGACGUACAUUCAUAGGAAACUCAAAUGGAGGAGAAACGACCGAGCAAGUUUUCAAGAACAUCUUCGCUGCUCGCUAUGUCCGCAUCGUGGCAGAAAGCUGGUACAACCACGUAUGUGCAAGAGUGCAGUUAUUUGGAUGUGACGCAAGUCCUUUCCGAGGACUGGGAAUGAUGAGUGGAGAAAUACCGGACGGCGCAAUAACAGCACCUAGUAUCUGGCAUGGUGGUGGCCACGAACCCUAUAAAGGACGUCUUUACUGGACAAAGUACGCUAAUUUACAGCUAUGGGCUGCAAAUUCAUUAAAUACCGAUCAAUGGCUACAGAUAGAUUUAAGUCGUCUUGAGUUUGUAACCGCAAUUGCAACGCAAGGACGUCACGGUGGCGGUCAAUGGGUGCAAAGCUAUUGGUUCUCCUAUGGUACUGAUGGGACGACUUUUAUUGCUUAUAAGGAAAACAAUGUAAAAAAGGUUUUCACAGGUAAUUCAGAUGGCCAUACAGUGGUUAGACAUGCKCUUUCACCAGUUAUUUACACUCGCUUUGUAAGGUUCAAUCCCCAGACGUGGUAUAGCCACAUUAGCAUGAGAGCAGAGGUGUACUCGUAUGGAAGAGACUUUCCUGCCGACCUGGGAAUAGAGAACAAAGAAAUCCCAGAUAGUCAAAUCACAGCGUCAUCAGAAUACGAUCAUCUCCAUGCAGCUCACAUGGGAAGACUCAAUAAUCAGGUUGAGGGAGUACUUGCAUGGUGCAGUAACCCCUCUAAUUUAAAUUCUAACCAGUGGAUUCAAUUCGACUUUGGUCACACAAUGAUUGUUACUGGUGUUGUCACGCAAGGAAGAGGGAAUGGGGGGCUUCAAUGGACGACCUUUUAUAAGGUACUUUACAGUCUUGACAACACUAACUGGGUAUGGUACAAGGACGAUGAACAAGGAUCACAAGUWAAGGUUUUUACUGGAAAUUCAGAUGGCAUUUCGUAUGUUACAAACACGUUCAAUAGAGAUGUCAAAGCAAGAUCCAUCAGGAUAAACCCUACAGCUUGGCACAAUUUUAUUUCUUUAAGAGCAUCAGUUAUUGGUCGUCGAAAAGGAAAGUUGGGUUCUCCAGUGUUCACCAAUCAAGAAGCCCCUWCGUAUAUCACUGUCUACAAGAACCAGGAUGUUAUAUUAAAGUGUGAAGCAGUAGGUGACACACCCAUCACUAUCACAUGGACACAUAAAGGUCAGGUCCUUCAGAGUAAAACAAGCGAUACACAUCUCAACCUGACUAAUGUGAAUACGGCUCAUGAGGGAUUCUACAAGUGCAGCGCUACCAACGUUUUUACUGGAAAUUCAGAUGGCAUUUCGUAUGUUACAAACACGUUCAAUAGAGAUGUCAAAGCAAGAUCCAUCAGGAUAAACCCUACAGCUUGGCACAAUUUUAUUUCUUUAAGAGCAUCAGUUAUUGGUCGUCGAAAAGGAAAGUUGGGUUCUCCAGUGUUCACCAAUCAAGAAGCCCCUACGUAUAUCACUGUCUACAAGAACCAGGAUGUUAUAUUAAAGUGUGAAGCAGUAGGUGACACACCCAUCACUAUCACAUGGACACAUAAAGGUCAGGUCCUUCAGAGUAAAACAAGCGAUACACAUCUCAACCUGACUAAUGUGAAUACGGCUCAUGAGGGAUUCUACAAGUGCAGCGCUACCAACACUCGAGGAGCGAACAACAAGAACAUUUACCUCCAUGUCAAAGGUUCAUUUGAUAUUUGCAGCAAUCAGCAUUCACUUAUCAGUGGUAAUACAAGGUUGAUAACGAGUUCUGUACCAUACGUCAAUGAUGACAGCAACCUCAAUGAGACCAUGUGGUAYGUCUUCAAGAGUACUAAAGGGUUCUCUCGUAUACCAUCAACCUGUGUGGCCCAGAAUCACUGUGGAGCUACAGCCCCAGGUUAUAUGCAAGGAGCUUUACCUACAGUCAGUGAGGGUAUUGUGAAAAGAAAGAUUUGCUUUCAUAAUAACGGAGACUGUUGUCAAUACAGUGUGGAUAUCUAUGUGCGCAACUGCUACAUGUUCUAUGUCUACAAACUGAAGAAGUUGGAUUCAUCUUGGAAGGCAAGAUACUGCAWUGAGGACUAUAUSAAUGGUAAGACAUUGCUUAUUGAAAACAAUUUUGAGUUGUACCUUGCAUGCUUUAUUGAUCAGAAUUGGCUAGUGGUCAUAUGGUGCUGUGCUGUAAUGCCACGAGACAAGCCAGCCAGGAUGUUUCAAUCUCUCAAUGGACCAUCCUUCACCAUUCCAAAUCAGUUCAUCACAAGUCGACUUCAUGGCGUGGACAGCGAUUCAACUUGCAUGCAAUAUUGUAUGMUCGAUGACUCCUGCAAAUCGUUUAGUUACAACCCCAAUGUGAACAUGUGUGAGMUAAAUAACGCAACUAAAAACCAAUUCUCAAAUCAAGCGUUACCUCUUCGCCCGGAUUACAGAUAUUUUGAUGAAGUAGAAGUAGCGGCGCCCUGA